GAUGGAAACUAAUGAACACCCAGCCUUAUUUAACAAUUUAAAAUACGUAUUUGGAUCUAUUGGAACCGUUUUAUGGUCUUUCCAACUACUUCCUCAAGUCCACAAAAAUUGGCGUAAUAGAUCAACAGAAGCAAUUGACAUGCUUGGAGCUGCUUUUUCUGCAUUAAGUUUAGCAUUUUAUCCGCCUCCAUUUGAUGCUUUAGCUGCAUCAUGUUAUUUUACUAUAUUCACAUUGGAUUUGAUCAUUAUAAUAUUAUAUUAUUUACUUAAUUUGAUGCACAAAAAAAAUUCUAUUGACUAUAAUAACAGAGAAGAUAGUAACCCUAGUAAUGAUGAAAUUAUUGAGACAAUAAUUGAUGAUAAACUCAAUGAAAAUUGA